AUGUUCAUGAGAAUAAAGAAAUGUCAGUUUCUACAGCUGAUCUCAAUGUGCUGUGUUUUCUCAGUAUUAAUGGUCUGCUGGGAAGAUGUGGAUCACCACGUGGUUAGUCAUAUGAGGUCUUAUUCGUACCGAUACUUCAUUAACAGUUACAACUUCUUAAACAAGAGCUUCAGCGUUAGCCGUGAGGAGGCUAAGAGCUUCAGCAGGUUCCCCUAUCUCAUCAACCAUAAAAAUGUUUGCAAGGGGUCAGAAGUACUACUUAUUCUAUGUGUCAAGUCUUCUCCAGAGAACUUCAAGAGAAGACAAGAUAUCCGUGCUACAUGGGGUAACGAGACGUACAUUGAUCGGGAGCUUGGGGUUUCUGUGAAAGUAAUCUUUGUCAUGGGUGUCCACCACGACCAUCACACGAGAGAUGAGAUCCAGAAAAAGCUUGUCAGGGAAGACAGGAUCUUUGGAGAUCUGGUGCAGCAGAACUUUCUGGACACUUUCCACAAUCUUACCUUGAAGCUACUCCUUCAGUUCCACUGGGUACACAGCAACUGCGCCAAUGCACAGUUUGUCAUGUCUGCUGAUGACGACAUCUUUAUUCACAUGCCAAAUCUAGUUCACUAUCUACAGGAACGUAGUCGCCAACAAGUUAGGGAUUUUUGGGUGGGCCACGUCCAUAGAGGAUCCCCUCCUAUUCGCCGCAAGGACAGCAAAUACUACAUGCCCUUCGACAUGUACCAGUGGUCAUCUUACCCAGACUACACCGCAGGAGCUGCAUAUGUGGUCUCCAAAGACGUGGCCGCCAAAGUAUACCACGCAACUUUGACGCUGAACGCCUCCAUCUACAUCGAUGACGUCUUCAUGGGUAUCUGUGGCAAUGCUAUGGGGGUGUCCCCCCAGGAACACGUGUAUUUCUCGGGUGAGGGUAAAACAGUCUACCACCCAUGCAUCUAUGAGAAAAUGAUGACCUCACACGGGCAUGACAAGGACAUUAGGUACUUGUGGAAAGUGGCAACCGAUCCAAAUGUAAAAGGUAUCUCUUCUGGACUCUUAGGGAAAUUGUACUGCACGGCCGUGAAAGUGACCCUCCUCUGUAAGCCGUAUAAUGUUAACUCAUAUCCCUGUAGAGCUGCUUUUUCAUAG